AUGCAAAGAAUUCUUAAAAGGGGACAGAAAUCUAUUUUAUAAUCCGAUUAAACGGACUAUUAUUAUGUGUUAACAAAGAAGAAUGGAGAAACACACAACUGUUACAUAGAUAAUGAUAACAUCUUUGAUACUGCAAAAGAUACAUUUAAAAAUUGUAUUAAAGUAUUAGGCCAUUAUUUUAAAUCACAUAACUAUGAACCCUUACUUAUUCAUAUCCUCAAAAAACUAGGCUAAGGUAAUACUCAAGAAAUACAAAGGUGAUAGGCUAAGCACAAAGCUAUUACUUAUAAUUGGUUAAUCCAUUCCUUUAUCAAAAAAGCUCUUCUUGGGAAUUGAUUUAAGAUUUAGAGAGGUCGGAUAUCUUCCUAAUAAACAAGAGAUAAUGAUGGGCACGAUUUAUGCCCCUAAAUAAAAUGCAUCCAAAUAUACCUUAAAAUCACUAACUUAAACACUUUAUACAACAUUUUAGAAUAAAGAUUCCAUUCUAACGAGAAGACUAACUCAAUAAUAGUAGAUAAAGCCUUAAACAGUACAGGAUAAUAAUCUUCAUAGAUUCCUCAAAUGUCUAUAACAUAAUCUGUUGAUGAAAAUUUUAUAAAAUACUAAAAAUACAAAAGUUUUAAAACAAAAUGAAAUAGCCCUAUUAAAAUUAUCACAUAUCAAAAUGCUAUUUAUUAAUCUUUAUAACAUUUGGAAACAAAUUCUACUUCUCAAAACAAGUACCCUUAGGAUCUCCUAACUUCCCUGCAUUAUUUAACAUUAACCUUGA